GAUUAUACACUUUUGACUUACUUACGGCCAUUAGACGGGUAUUCGUGGUGGUUUUAAUGUGGUUCUCUGCCAGGAUGACCUACAUAUGGAUGCAGGCUAUGGCAGACGUGCUGGCUGUUCGCGGGGAUGUCCAGGCAGAAGAAAACAGACUGCUCCCGGUCGAGCCGGGCCGAUUUCCAUGGGGCAGGCUGGCUCACCGUUACGUUUUGACGACCAGGAGCCAUCUGCGGCGCUAUCACCAAAGUGAUGGGAUUUAUUCUGUCUGUUGUGGUUGCGACAGCAGACAAUGUGCUCCGCCUGGAACAGUAACACAGAUAAUUCAAACCCUGCCGCCCCGACUGGUCCGGCAUCGACCAAUGAGAAACUUAGUUCAUCUGUGGAGGAUUUGUCCGACGCCGAGGGUGUAUGGAGUCCUGACAUCGAGCAGAGCUUCCAGGAGGCGCUGGCCAUAUACCCACCAUGUGGCAGACGCAAGAUCAUCCUGUCAGACGAGGGCAAGAUGUAUGGUCGUAAUGAGUUGAUAGCUCGCUAUAUAAAGCUGCGGACAGGGAAGACGCGCACGCGGAAACAGGUUUCAAGUCACAUCCAGGUACUCGCUCGCCGCAAAGCAAAGGAAAUCCAGGCGCAGCUGAAGGUAAUAACCGAGGAUGGCUGUGGGCCGUAUUCACAGGACCAGGCUUCCCGGGACAAAGCUCUACAACAGAUGGCGUCAAUGUCGUCAGCACAGAUCGUAUCAGCGAGUGCUAUUCACAACAAGGCCCUCGCUCAGAGUCUCGGAAACAUGCCGGGAAUACCGCCCGUCAGACCGGCCUACCCCGGGGCUCCCUCGUUCUGGCAUUCUGGAUUACAAGGAGAUGUGAAGCCGUUUGGUUCCAGUGGUUAUGGAAUUGAAUCAAAACUGCAGUCUGGUAUACCUGGUGAAAUGGCGCCGGCCUGGCAAGACCGGUCGAUUGCUGGACCCAAACUGAGACUGGUGGAAUUCUCAGCUUUUCUUGAACAACAGCGCGACCCAGAAUCUGUUGGGUAUCAUAAACAUCUUUUUGUUCACAUUAAUGCUACAGCAAGUUACAAUGAGCCACUGUUAGAGGCAGUGGACAUCCGACAGAUUUACGACAAGUUUCCAGAGAAGAAGGGCGGAUUGAAAGAACUCUAUGAUAAAGGUCCACAGUCUUCGUUCUUCCUUGUCAAGUUCUGGGCUGACAUUAACACAAAUGUUCAGGAUGAAGCGGGAGCAUUCUAUGGUGUCACAAGCCAAUAUGAGAGCAGUGAAAACAUGACAAUUCAGGUAUCAACCAAGGUGUGUUCAUUUGGCAAGCAGGUUGUGGAGAAGGUAGAGACUGAGUAUCCCCGGUUUGAAAAUGGAAGAUUUGUUUAUCGAAUCCACCGAUCUCCCAUGUGCGAAUACAUGAUCAACUUUAUACACAAAUUAAAACAUCUUCCUGAAAAAUACAUGAUGAACAGUGUUCUGGAAAACUUCACAAUAUUACAGGUGGUGACGAAUCGUGACAGUCAGGAGACUCUGUUGUGUAUUGCCUUUGUGUUUGAGGUGUCCACCAGUGAGCACGGGGCACAGCACCACAUAUACAAACUCGUCAAAGACUGAGUAUUCAAGGGAACUCACUCUGUUGUGCUAUUGUAAAGGUGGCUUCCACACAUUUUCUUAAGAAUCAUGCUGAAUGCUGGCAGGAACCAUUUCACUCUGCAUGGUGUGUGCAGGACAAUAUAUUCGGUGGAAAGAGAGAUUUCGUAUAUUUUCAUGCAAAAUCAUUGUUUGUUGUUUAAUACAAAAGUGCCUUAAUCGUUAAAGCACGAUCAUUAAUUUUGGUGCAUUAAGUUGCAUGAUGUGUCAUCAUGGAGAUCAUUUUAUUUGGAAAAUAGUUAAGAAUUAUUUAAUACAGACUCAUCCUGUUGAUCAGUGUCAUUAUCUACCAUUAUACGUGCAGUCCAUUGAUAUAAUAUACCGUGGAUAUGUACCAUCCAUUGAUAUAAUAUACUGUUGAUAUGUACCAUUCAUUGAUAUAAUGUACCGUGGAUAUGUACCAUCCAUUGAUAUAAUAUACUGUGGAUAUGUACCAUUCAUUGAUAUAAUAUACUGUUGAUAUGUACCAUUCAUUGAUAUAAUGUACCGUGGAUAUGUACCAUCAAGUGUGUGCAGUUCAUUGAUGUAUAUAUAUGUGUGUGUGUGUGAGUGUGUGCUGUCAUGUGUAGUCUCUUAACAUGUGUAGUGUCGGUGAGUACCAUCAUACAUGCAGUUCAUUGUAUAAUAUACAGUGUCAAUAUUCACCAUCAUGUGCAGUCCAUAGUGUCGAUAUAAUCGGUGUCAAUUUGCAUCAUCCUGUACAUGCAGUUCAUUGAUUAAGUGUAUAUUGUUGUUGCAGGCAAUCUAUUGGUGUAAUAUCAAUGUGUACAGAACAUUGACAGUUAUAAUGCCAGGGCUAGCUCGGAGUGAAGAAACAAUUUCACCAAAUUUUUGUUUAACCGUAAAGAAUUGCAAAACCCCAGUUAUUUUCUGAUAAAAUGUAACUUUUUACAUGCAGUUAUUUGCCAGAUUAAAAUAAAUUUCACAGUUGGUGAAUUUGAUGACUGCCUGUAUGCCAUCUCACAAUUCACUGAUACCAUGUAUGGUGUUGGGUUGAAAUAUAUUGCACUGAUGCAGUAUAUAGAGUGGUAGCACUCCCUGUGUGAUGUACCAUUACAUGUGUGGUGUAUGACACAUACAGCAUAUGUGUGAUUUGACAUGACAGUUUUGAGCCAAAAAUUCUCAUGCACGUCUUUUGCCAUGUGACUGCCUAAUGUUUGUUUACAAUUAGGUCAUGCAAUGUUGUGGCCAAAAAAGGUGUUUUGUUGCAUGGUCCAAUGUGUUUUAGCUGCAGUAGUGCUUAUUGUUGCCAAGAAUCUGUUUAGUAGUUGGUUUUAGCUUUCAUAGAGGGAUACAUGGGAUUUAGAACACAAGUUAAAUAUGGGAAAAUUGAAAUUUGUUUGUUUUUGAGAUAUGUUAUGUUUUACUUGUUUUUAUUUGACUUUUUAAGAAUUGAUUUUAGUAUUUUCCACUUUGUUUUACUUUAAAUAAGUGAAGCCAUUAACGCAUUAAAGAUUGCUGAGCAUGUAUUGGCCCCAGAAUUUUAUAUAUCAAUCACUAGUGAGCUUGUUUUACAUUUUCAAAAUGUAACAUGCAAACAUGAUUUUGUUAUUGUUUUAGUUAGCCUAUGUUUUAAAAAAUUUCUGCUGUCCAGUUUUGAAAUAUGUUUUCUACUACAAAAAGUUUCAUUUCAGACUGUCUUAUGUAAACAAGUUUAGAAUCUUUUUCUUAUCUUGACAAAAACUAGUAAAUCAAAUGCAAUACCAUGCUCUGUCAGUCUGCCUUUUGAGUAAGUUUAUAAACAGAAAAACAAAGUUAAGUGAUUAUGAUUAAAAAAAUUAUUACAAAUGGUAAUAAGUUUUAUUACUGUAUAUUAAAAUACUUGUGCCAAUUUCUUCAAGUCAUGUAAAAGGAAAUGUGUAUACCGGUACAUAAACUAUCCAGAUAAGUAUAUAUCGAUUCAUUUUGCUUAUUGGCUGCAGCUUGAGAUAAUUUCUGUUGGUGUUAAUUAAUAUUGCACAUCAUUUCAUUUGUCAUAUAUUUCGUUUUGAUUUCAAACUACAAACAAUUGUGUAAGCAGUCUAAAAGCCGAUUGGCUAUGUAUGUCAACUCUGAAAGCUGAUUGGCUAUGUAUGUCAGCUCUGAAAGCUGAUUGGCUAUGUAUGUCAACUCUGAAAGCAAGUCAGCAAGUCAGUUUUUGAAGCUGAUUGGAUGUGCAACUUGAUUCUGAAAGCUGAUUGGCUCCACUAGCCAGAUGCUAUGUCCUCUUGAUCUCCAUCACAUGGCAGCUACAAGCUGAGUUGAGAUGUUUGAUUGUUAUACCAUCGUCUCACACAGCAGUACACUAUAGACUUUUUUUUAUGACAGUUUUUAACUAAACCAUCAAUAUUUAAUUUUUCUCAACAGUAAAAGGACGUAAGUUAACGCAAAGUAUGUCAGAAAUAGCCUGAUAUUUAACCAUGUGUUCGGCUUUCUUGAUUCCUGGUCAGAAGAGAAAUUUAAUUUCAUGCAGUAUUUCAUAUUUAUAUAUAACGUGUUGUUUAGCCACAAUGUUGAACUACACACUAUUGUCAAGCAGUCAUGUUUUCAUAAAAGUUCAUUAAGCUGUCAUUAUGUUAUAUUAUAUAGAUUCAUAUGUUUUGUUUGAAUUUCUAUUUAAUCAUCACUGUUCAUCUGUCCAUGCUCUUUAGCCACACGUCUGGAAUGUUGGUUUUUAUUGAAGAAAACGUUGAUGUGAUGUCAUUAUUUGUCAGACCAGUAGGAAUUGGGAUUUGACCCUUUCUUUGCAAUGCUUGAGUUAUGAUCACUAAGUAAAGCAAUUUUAAAAUCCAGAUGUAGUAGUAGUAGGGGGAAAAAGAAAUGAUGUAAUGUGCUUGUAUCACUCAUGUUUGUUCAAAAACAUUGUGGACAGUUUGAUUUAAUUUACAUUGUCUAAAAUGGGUCACAUAAGUCCUGUUUUAAACCAUGUGUAAUAUAUAAAAUAAAUACAUAACUUCCUUGGGAUGGAUUUACUAAAAACUAAACACAAUUUUUAAAACAGCAUUUCUUCACAUCACGGAUACAAGCAAAAUAUUCUUGUACAUCCACAUAUGUGCAUAUAACUUUGUUAAUUGUAUCUCUGUUAUGAGCAUAUCAGUUGUGUUCUGUAAACUCAGUAUUUAAAGCUCUGUCACAUGCUUGAACCAAAUGGUUUAAGUGUACUGAUGUGGUCACAAUCAUUGGAUUUAAUCUGGAGACUGUCGGAGAGAACUUGGGGAGGGUGUAGUGGGUACGUUUUUAUUAUUAGUUUUGAAAGCAUUCUUCUCUGCCAAGUGCAUUGUGUUUCUCCUGUUGGUCUUCAAUCUGCAACAAGUUGAAAUCUGUUUCAAGAUUUAUUGUUAUAGUCUGACUAACGUGUGUGUGUAUACGUUCAUCAAAUACUGGAUCUACUUAGCAAGUUUGAUUAUCACUGUAAUAUAUUAUACUUGUACAAUGUGCUUAUUAGUUCUACAUUAAUUUUAAUUAUAUUUGUACAAUAUUCCUGCUUUUACAAUGUUAUCAAGAAUCGUCCAUUUGAUGUUUCUGUCUGUUUACAGAUGUGUAUAUAAUUGUGUGCCUUAACAUCUACGUGAAGCAUCAGUAUUCAUGUGUAGUCGUCCUAAGAAGAAAAACCAAAACAGUGUCAAUAUACAUUUGUUUUAUUACACUGUUUGCCAAGUAAUCUGAUUAUUUUUGUGAAUUACGCUUGAAGUGAUUUAGAAACUGAAAAGCAAGUAGCAUGUUUUAAAUUAAGAAAUAGUUUAUCUUUUGGUGACUGAUACUAUUUUUUAUCAAGGAAAUAUUUGUUAUUGAGAGUUUGUUUCAGUUGUGAGAAUUAUUUUGAUAUCAAAGUUUUAAUCUUCACAUACAUAAUUACGUCUGCUAUCUGUAUCAUAUAAUGCUAUUCAUUUGAGCAGUCUCCUGUUAAUGAUGAACCUGCCUUGAGAAGCCACUUUUCUAUUGUGUACAGUAUUAAGCAGCAAUCUAUUUUUGGAUGAAGGUUAAGUAGGUCAUUCUGACCUGUUUAAGUAUUUUAGACUGAAAUCUUGCUAUUUAGGUAAUGUAAGUUAUAUCUUGUUUGGCAUUUCUUUGACCAAAGUUUCUAAACCCACCUCAAUUUAACAUCCCUCAUCACAAGUAUCACCAUUAUCAUAAAUGUGAAUUAAAUGCUACAUCUAGCAGUAGAUUAACAUUGUAGGUGUGCUGUUGAUUAAAUGUAAUGAACAAAAUCUAAACAAAUUAGUCUGCCUAACUAUUUUAUCAGAAGUUUAACUGCCAUUUGUUCAUAUACAUGCAUAACAUUUGCUGGGUAUCACAAUCUUGUUAAAUGUAUAAAGAUAAGAUAAGUUUCCUUGUGGAGAAGAUAUGCAAUUUAAAUAUUAUGAAAACACUUUGUUUAUUUUCAUAGUUUGAUAAGUAUGUGCUCUUAAUAACUCUAGACAGAAAAAAUUGCUGUUGAUGUGCAUACUAUAUAUUAUGUGUUCUGUAACCAGAGAUAAAAGUUUUCCACUUUUAUUGACAAUUCUGCAUUUUUAAUUGUGUGUACAAUGUUUCCACUGUUUGUCCACAAUUUUCUAUAUUAAAGUGCAUACAAAAUAUCCUUUCCUUCUUAUGGAAAAAUGUAGCAGGUUUCCUCUCUAAGAGUACAUGUCAAAAUUACAAAGUGUGACAUCCAAUAGCUGAUGAUUAAUAAAUCAAUGUGCUCCAGUGGUGUCUUUAAACAAAACAAACAUUCUGCAUUUAAAAUGUAUAAUAUGAUUUUGGCUGGUACUUUGUUAUGAAUGAGGAUCAACAUUUUAGACUAUUAAACCUAACCCUACCAGCAGUAUUAAAAUUUACAGAUUAAAAAAAAAAAAAAAUUGUAACCUAGUUGUAACUGCACUUGAAAUGUGGGCAGUUGUUUACAUCGAUUAAAAACCAGUGUGUUGUAUACACAAAGAACAUUUGUAUUGGUAUUUUACAUAGAGAAUAAUACACGAGUGGCCGUUAAAUACCAUGUAUCUCACAACAAGUGGUUUUAAAAUGUAUCUAAUGAGUGAAAGCAAGAUUAAUACAUUUCUAAACAACGAGUUGUGAGAUAAACGGACAAGAAUGCAUUAUUCUAUUUCUUACAUAUCCUCAAAAACCAAGUUUUUAACAUCUUUUUUGACUAAAAGUUAUUUACAGCCAUUGCACUUGUAGCUAACUUACGCAUCACAGACACAUGAUUGUCAGGUUAACUAUACGUCAAAGUGUAAUCUCUUUCCACUGUGUUUUUCAUUGGCUGCAUGGCACUGGUGACCUGGUCAUCACCUAGAAGCAGCCAGUUGUAUGUCUUGAAAUUGUUAACACAUGUACGUAUGUUAACAACCCAUGUGUUAUCAAAAAUAAGGCAUUAUGUUCUCACCAACGGGUGUGUAAGAAAAUUGAUAACAAUAUAUUAAUUUCUAUGUAAGGUAAUUACUGUUAUAUAUUUGAACAACAUAAUAUAUGAAUAACAAAGGUUAUUUAUAGUAAUGUUGCCUUUAAGCUGAAUAUUAAAAAAACAGAAUAUCCUUUAUAUGCUUCAGGUACUUUUUGUACUCUUAUCUAUGUAAUACAGCUGUUGGUCUACCUGUGUAAUACAGUGAUUUGUCUACCUGUGUAACUGCGGUUUGUCUACCUGUGUAAUACAGCGGUACCUAUAUAAUACACUGGUUUGUCUACCUGUGUAAUACAUUGGUUUGUUCUGCAUUUCACCAUGUUGCAGAGUAUUUCGAUUGUUUUGUUAGUGAUAACUAAACAUGGAUUUCACCAAGACAUAUUUUCAGAAUAUGGUGUUAAGCAAUAUGGACUCGUUUAGAGCGUGAUGUGUGCCUUCAACAUAACUCUCCGUCCUUCCGCACAGUGAUCGGAAAAUAACAGCCUUCACCUUUAUUUUUGAGAAAUUAUUAAUAUACACAUCAAUUAUCUAAAUAAUUCUUGGAAACAGUCAUACAAAAUAAAUAAUAGAAAAAGAAACAUUUCUUUAUGCAAAAUAGGACUCGAAAGGUUUUAAAAAAAUAUUUUACUGUAACCUUGCAAUGCCAAAACAUGUUUGAUAAAAUUAGUUUUUAUGAUAUAUUUCUAUGUAUUACAGGUGGCAGUUUGUUAAAUAUUAAAAAAUGCUCUACUUGUAGCUGUUUACCAAGCAUACAUAUUACUAUUUGAAAUGUUUAUGUGCCUAUAUAGUCAUGGGUUGUUCUUGGUUUUUCCUUUUCCUUUUUAUUUAUUUUUAUUUUUUAUUAUUGUCACCUUCAGUACACAUUGUUGAGAAACGCCUGUACUUAAAACAUAUUCUAUGUUGAACUAGUCAAAAACAGUUUGUUUUACAUACCAAUGGACUACAGAGUCAUGAAACUGUUUAAUUUUAUGAUUGUGUUUGUGCAUGUACAUUGCACAAGAUGUUUUAACCAAAACAAUCUUACACCCAAACCUUCCUUGUUUAAUUCUUUUUUCUUUUUAACAAUUUAGUUGCAUGCUGGUUUGAAUUUUACAAUCCACCCAUUGACACUCCACCUAUUUGAUCCCACUUCAGGUAUUGUUUUUCCAUGGAAAUUUUUCAUAAACAAUAUGUCUCCUAGAGUUUUCUUUUCUAUCAACAGUUGAGAUAUAUUGUUUAGUGAUUUCGUCUUGUUGAUGUAGUAUAUUGUUAAUUAGGUCUAUUAUAAUGAAGUAUGUGGUGGAAACCUAUACCCAUGUUUUGUUGAAUACCCUAGGCUUUACAAUAGUCCAGCCAAGCUAUUUUUUAAGAAGUAAAAUAAACUUGUAAUAUUGUUAUUCAUGUUUUGACCCUUGUUAAAUCUGCUGUCUUGAUUCUGUACUCUACUGAAACAACAUUUUCCAUCUUAUUUACUUCUCUUUCUCUUUCUCUUGUAACACAAAACUGUUAUAUGCAUAGGUGUAAGCUGGGGGGGGGGGGGGGGGGGGGGGGGGGGGGGGUCAUUCAAACCCCUAGGAGAGGCAAAAACAGUUUUGUACAAUGCAAUAUUAGCCUAUUCAUACAGGUGUCCAGGAAAAAUGUAGACAGAAGGAUCAGCUGGGUUCAUAUUUGAACAAGCCCCCCGCCCCCCGCCCCCCGCCCCCAAUCCCUUCUGGGUUCAGACCCCUGUUAAUCUACAAUUAGUAUGUCCAAAAUAUGAGAGGUAUAAAGGCUGUAAUAAAAUAAAUGCUAGAUUUUCAUGGAAAUAGUUUGUUUUCAAAAAGGGAGCAGGGGUGGGGUUUUUUUUUGUGAGCAUCGGAAAAUAUAGCACAUCAACUAUCAUGAUUAUGUUUAAAGAACAAUAAAAAAAAUUCAUUAAUUUGUUUUGGUUUUUUUAAUUAUUUAAUAAAAUAGUGUGUGUGCAGGAGUGAAAAUCUUGAAUUAUUUUAUUAUUGCCUGAUAUAAUGACAGUCACAACUAACUGCUAUAAAUACUAGUACCUCUUGGCAAUCCAAACUGCUGAUGUCAACCUGUUUAACCAAAUACCUCUUAUAACUACACACACCUUGUAUUACAUAAUUCCAAUCUAUCUUACUACCAGCAGCAAGGAAUGGGGUCCUGUCUAGACAGAACAGUGUGUUAUUAAUAUUAACGUUGUACGACUUUUAUGCAAAUGCAGUGUUAUCCUUGUAACAGCAGCUUGAAUAUUGUGACUUGUUCAUAAUGCAAUUUAUAUAUCUAUCUUGAUCUAGCAUUGUUAGCAUCGGUAAUACAUUUUGUACAUCUACAAAUAAUCCAUUCUUUUAUAAUAUAUUAUUUGUCUACCAUGUUUGAAAUUAAAAUGCUUUUGUAAUGAA